UAACUUUCUAUACAUAUAAUCAGCUGUGUCUGGUGAUAAUAUUCAGAUUAUACAUCAAGUUAAGAAUUACAGAGUUUUGUCUUUCACAAAACAAAAUUUACUGCAAAGCAAAUUUCAAAGGCUCUAGAGUCUAUUAUGUUAUUAAAAUACAUUGCAAAGGACAACAUCAUGGUUACACGUAUAGUCUACAUGUAAUUUAUUAAAGAAAAACAAUAUCUGAUCAAAAUCUAUUUGAAUAAAUCAUGUGAUACUGAAUUAUGGUAACAAUAUGUUUAACAUGUCCUCAGUGAUGCUAUUUAAAUGACGAGUGUUAUUCAAGGAUUUUCAUACAAAUGGAGUGUAUAACUGCUGACAGUUUUACAAAUAAUCUUUUAGAUAUUGUGACAAUAUCUAACAUCUGUCUUCCAUUAACUACUAAAGUGCAGACACUUUACCGUGACAAACACCGACCUCGUCGCUCACCGUCGCCUCGUUACAGACGCAGUCGCUCACCCAGACGGAGGAGCAGAUCUCCAAAGAGGCGAAGCCCAUCGCCCCGGAGAGACCGCCAUCGCAGCAAGAGCCCCCGCCGACACCGCAGCCGGUCCAGAGACCACCGCUCCAAAUCCCCCGGUCAUCACAGAAGCCACAGACAUCGCAGCCACUCAAAGUCCCCAGAGAGGAGUUCAAAAAAGAGUCACAAGAAGAGUCGAAGAGGAAACGAGUGAUGUUUCUUAUAUAUCUUCCCUUUUUAUUUUUUACCUCCAAACGGUCAUAGAACUUGCUUCUAAAUCUUGUACGAAAUUUGAGUUUUUUUAAUUUUAAGUUUACAAGUCAUUUCCAUUUUCGAUGUUGGACCACCGACAUGUCUAAGAUUUUACAAUGUAAAGCCCUCCGGUCUCAGCAGUGUGUAUGGACAGUAUAUAUUCACUCACUCCAUCUGCAGCCUUUCAGCCUCAUUCUCACACCCUCUGAGAGAGAGCAAUCUUACAGUACGCCCCGUCUUCAGAUACUUACGGCUAUUAUUGAUAACUUUUGGAUCUGUGUAAAUGUAGAAAAUGUGUUUCUGUAUGUUAAGAAUGAGUUUCACACUCUGACCUGACAUUUGUCAGAAAUAAAGACCCUGAUUCCUUA